GCUCGAACAAGCGUCAGAUAUCGAGCGUUGGUGAAUACAUGAAGCGCAAAAUGGAUUUCGAUCCAGAAGAGCUCAUUGCCGCGGUUAAAAAACGACGAUUGCUAUAUGAUAAAGCUGAUGAGAAAUAUAAUGAUAGAGCAGCGAAGUAUGCCAACUGGAUGCAAGUGGCUUCGGAGAUUAUCGAAAAUUGGGACGACCUCACCAAAAGAGAUAAAGAAUUAAGAGCCAGACUGGUACAAAGUAAAUGGAAGAAUAUGAGAGAUAACAUUAGACGUGAAAUAACUAAUAAAUAUAAACCCAACCCCGGUGGCAAGAAAAAGAGGAAAUAUAGAUAUUAUAAACAAUUAGCAUUUUUAAUACCACUGUGUCAAGAAACCGACAGUAUUUCUAAAUUAAAAACUCCGAUAACGAAGGAUGAUGAUGAUGAUGAUAUAGAAGAAAUUGUAACACCAUUAACCAGGACCAAGAGACGCAGUCCUAGUAAUUCUCCUAAAUACAAAGUUGUAAGAAGCAUACCAAAUAAAAUUCCCCAGACGCCAGAACCAACAGUGAAUGUAACUGAACCAAAACCGAGUAAUUCAUGGACAGACGAAAAUGAAGUAAGAGAUUUUUGCAGAUCACUGGUACCUUCACUGUCAAAACUGGAUGACGAAGAUAGACUGUCAGCGAAGAUAGAAAUUUUAAAUGUACUCCGUAAGUUUUCAACUCCUAAACAUUUAAGGAUUAACAAUGCAACUGUCAUCGAAACACGAACAUUCAAUACAUUUCAACAGAGUUCAAACAUGGAACAGAUUAAUAGUCGAAAUAACCCAUUAUCUCCACUUUCUGCUCAGGACAUGCCCGUAGAUAAUGCAAGCAACAGAGACUCUGAUUCAAUGCUCCGUUUUGAUAUAUGUAAUGUUAAAUCAGAUAUAGAAGACGAUUAACUAAUAGAAAGAAAUCUUGCCAUUUACGAGUAAUUUCUUUUAAGUGUUUUUAACAAUAAGUGUAAAUAAAAGAUAAGUAUACAAAUUAAGAUAUGUUAACGUUUUAGAUAAAUAAAAUAAUGAUACUCUU